CCAAAACAUUUAGGAGUCAAUAAUUCCUUAAAAUUGAUUUAAAGAAAGUAUUUGUUCCACUGGCAGAUCAUUUCACUUAUAAUAUGGAAAAAAAUUAUUUGACAGAGCAGUUCUUCCCGCUACUUCUCAUUGAAUCGCUGGUACUGGUACAACAACGUUUAAUUGGAGCAAUGUUGCCACGAAUUCCUGAAGGCGGAGAUUCAGAAGGAGCAGGAGGUUCUUAAAGAGACAGAGCCUCAAUUUCACAGUAUUAAAUUGCAAUGUCAAUUUUCUCUUGAGACAUAUUUGAUUUGAUUUAUAACAACUGAAAGCAACAUAGGUCCUUUAUUGUACUAUAAGAUGCUACAAUGUGACUGGAAAACUGUACUACUGAACCGAGCUGUGGGAUGGAUGCCUCUCUUCAGUAGGGAUCGGAAAGCUUUUCAGAAUUGAUGGGAGAGGUGGACUGAGCUAAAUACAAAGCGAUACUGGAACAAGUCCUGUUAGAAGCUCCAUAACUGCAAAUUGCUCAAUUAUGUGGUCAACGCAACAAAACACAGUCUCAAAACUUUUUCUUGGAUUCUGGGUGUCCUUCAUUGCAUAUCCUUUAAACGCUGCACCGCGUAGGGACACAGAUGCUGCCUUGUCAUGUGUUUAUUUCGAGGGGCUGACUGUUUCAGAGGCCGGGUCUUUGACUGAGAGGAGGGAAGCGGAGAGGGAGGGCCCUGGUAAACACAUGGUGUGUAGAGACAGAGAAAGAGACGCAGGGUGGGGAGUGAGCCACUAUAAAAGAAAGAGUCGGAGCUGUUGGUGGCAUUCGCUCCAACAAGCCGACUCUGGCACAUACAAACGACAGACAGAGCUGAAACCUACUGACGGGGGUUAGAGUCGACACCGGCAGCAAUCGCUUUUUCUUCAAGACUGAUUUUCUCCAUUCUGCCAAGACUUGGAGGUCUGUACUCUGGUCCUCUCUGGCUUUUUUUUGCUUCUGAGUGGAGAGAUUUUUUUCCUCUUCUUCUACCACAAGACUCCCAAACGAGCAAGAGAGGACAAGCUUGUGUCCGCAGAGACUGUCUUAACAUUUUCAUUUCCCUCGGGCUCCCGCUCCACCAUGGCCGCUGUGCGUCAGAUGCCGCCGGAGACCUCGGGCUUCCACGUCCUCUCGGCCCACCUAAUGGCCACCGCCACCGAGGAGUUCCCCCAGCAACUGCCCGUCCCCAAGAGCCCGGCAAAGGGCAAGAGUCGCUCCCGCCGACCCCGGGAGGCCCGCUUCAAAACCCAGCCGGUCACCUUCGCCGAGAUCGCUGAGGUAGAAGAGGAAGGCUCUUCCCCCUUGGAAGAAGAGAGGGCGCGUCGCUCCUUCCUGCAGUCGUUGGAGAACCUCCGGCGGAGCACGCAGGCCCUCUACUGCCCGGCGGCGACCAAUCGCACCCCCACACCCACGCAGGCCAGCCUGGACUCCAGCGACUCCGACUCCACCCAGUGAGGACUGCAGCUGGAGGUCAACUGAACAGAACCAACCUUGCAGUCCUGCCUUUAUGUGUAAAACUACUGCUGCCACGCAAACUGCAUUUAGUUCACUAACUCACUCUGCUCGAAGAUGCACAUCGGACCUUUCCGUCAAGACCUCCACUGCUGGCUGGUUUUACAGCUGUACUGAAAUAAUGUGUAGAGGUAGCAAACAAUCCAACUUUCAUAACAACGUCUUGUUUCUUACUGUAGUUGUUUAGGAGUGAUAUGGAAGAGGAAGAACAUUUUCCCACUUUGGAGCUAUAGAGCAUGUCUGUUUCUAUCUAGGUUUUUCUACUUGAUGAGCGAAUGUGGCGAGGAUGACUUAAAAUGUUAGUGUUGUGAUUGAUUUGUCUGUAAAUACAUUGACAAAGCAAAACGUCCUGCAGCAAACGUUAGCUGGCCGGGCCUGGAGCUGUAGAGGACCAUCACAGAUCUUGUCUGGAGACUCGCAAAGGGGCUUUUUUUCCUCCCCAGCUUCUCAGUUAAUGAAAUCAGUGCUGUUGCUUUGAUUUCUGAGAAGAAAUUCCCUUUCUAUUUUUCAAAAUGAAUUUAUUUAUUAUUGUUAUUAUUUGCAUAACCAAGUAUAUUUCUAGAUGUAAAGUAGUCGAUGACUUCUGGUCACUUUGACUGUCAUACAGAUGAUAACCUUUAUAUUUUGUGAUUCUGUAACUUUGUAUGUACAUAUAUAUUUGCUUAUGUACUUCAAUAAAUAUUUUCAAAGACA